AUGACUCGCGGCAACCAAAGAGAUCGUGACCGUCAAAAGAACCUUGACAAACAGGCCAAGCUGAAAUCCGGUAACACAUUGUCUGGAAACGCAUUCGCUCGCAAGAAGGAAGACGACGCCGCUAAGAUGCGCGAGAAGCAAGCAAAGGCCGACGCGAAGAAAGCCGCUGAAGGCCUCGGUGGGAAGAAGAAAUGA